AUGCAGAAUAUGACGAGGCGGUUUGGCCGCAUGACGACGAAGUCGUCUGCAGAUGACAGCCAAAUCGCUGUGCUUCUAAAAGAUUUCGACGAUGCAGAUAUGCUCCUGGGAAAGAUUGUGGAGUCUACCCAAGCCUGGCGUGAUGCCUGGGUCUCUAUCGCAACUUACCAGAGUCGUCUUGCCGAUGAGUUCGACGGCCUCUAUGGUCCUAUCAUUGGCUCCUCAGAGACCACAACCAAUCACAAAGCUGUGGAAACAGACGACAUCAGAUUAGCUCGGACAAAUCGAUUGCGAAAGGACUAUGACGAGCUACGUACCGAUCUCAUACAGGAGCUCAGUGCGGCCGAUACUCGCAUGACCCAGCCCGCUGCGCAAGCCAAAGAAUCCCUUGCACCGAUGAAAAAGACGAUCAAAAAGCGAAAUGACAAGAAGACCGACUUUGAAAUAUCUCAAGGACGCGUCGAUAGCCUCCUGAAAAAGCAAAAACGCACCGAUCGCGAAAAUGUGAGCCUAGCCAAAGCGGAGGUAGAACUUGCCAAUACGAAAGAGGCUUACCAUGCUGCGGACCAUGAUCUACGACAGCGACUUCCAACAUUGAUCGCUCUCAUAUUCUCCCUGACGCCAUUCAUCCUUGAAGCACAGGUUGAGAUCCAAAACCGCAUGCUUGCGCACUAUUACACAGUGCUUCACACAUACUGUGAAGAAGAGGGAUUCCCCUCCCCGCCACCAGCCAUGGAACAAGUUGUCCAAGACUGGCAGUUUACCUUCCAACCCGUGCAAGCUGAAAUAGAAACCUUUGGCUGCCUGACCCAUGGCAAGGCGAUGCGAGCUGCAGCCGACCAGGAAAAUAAGAAACGUCCCUCAAUUGGAGGUCGCCUAUCCAGCGCAGCCUCAUCGACCUCGCUCCAUGGUUCUUUCCGCCGAGGAUCACAAACACCAGGGUCGUCGAGCCAGACACCCGAUGUAUCUGACUACCCUCCCUCUCCGGCACUAUCAAACAUACAUUAUAAGAGCAACGCGAUUCCUGCUGGAAAUAGCGCAGGUUCCAAGCCUCUUUCGACGGGCGGCGACUACUUCGACCCUCGUCCGACAUUCUUGCCUACCCCACAGCCCACCCCUAUCCCAUCAGGAGUGGUGAGAUCACCCGCUGGCCCAAACAUAGACUCUUUCCAGUCCAAGGUAUCACCCAUGGCUGCUGCCAUAGGGAAGAAGAGACCCCCACCACCACCGCCGGCAGCUUCCCGUCCAGUGUUUGUCACGGCGUUGUAUGACUUUGCUGGCCAAGGGGAUGGUGAUCUGAGUUUCCGAGAAGGGGACCGCAUUCGCAUCGUGCGGAAGACAGAGAGCACCGACGAUUGGUGGGAGGGUGAGUUGAGAGGACAGAAGGGACCUUUCCCUGCAAACUAUGUUGAGUAA